UGUUAUAUUUGACAUCCUGUUCAGUGUUCACGUGAAGUGUACUUUGUUUUAUGCCAAUGUCUUUUCUUUGAAUAGUGACCAGAAUUUUGAAGAAGCAGUGAUGUGCAGAAACAUGCACGAGGCACGACAUGAAUUGCAACAACAACACUUUGACAGUUAUAGAUGGAUGCCAAGUUGCUCCACCACCAGGUUCAGUUCCCGCAACCACUCUUCCCCUCACCUUCUUCGACAUUCCAUGGUUCUGUUGUCUCGUCCCCGUGCAACGCAUCUUCUUCUACGAGUUUCACCACCCCACCAACCACUUCCUCCAAACAGCACUUCCAUCUCUCAAACACUCUCUCUCCCUCACUCUCCAACACUUCUUCCCCUUCGCCGCCAACCUCAUCGUUCCGCCGCAACCCCACCUCUCUCACUUCCGCUACCUCCCCGGCGACUCCCUCCCCUUCACCGUCGCAGAGUCCACCGCCGACUUCCCCCUCCUCACCUCCGAUUCCCCACAAGACGUUCGAAACUGGCACCCUCUCGUUCCCACGCUUCCUUCACCACGUGUUGAGCCAGAUGGCACACGUGCGUUCCCUCUCAUGGCCAUUCAGGUCACGGUUCUACCAAACUCCGGCUUCACCAUCUCUCUCACGUUCAAUCACCUUGCUGGGGAUGGCAAAUCGCUUCACCAUUUCAUCAAGUUUUGGGCCUCUCUUUGCAAGGCAAGAGGCGAAACCCCUUUGUCUCUUCCUUCACACGAGAGGGACAAAGUUAAAGAUCCGAAGGGUCUCAAGCUCCUCUACUUGCAAGAACUCGAAAACCAUGACUCCAAUAUGAUGGAGAUUGCAAGCGUGGCGCCACAUGUUUUCGUUAACAAGGUUCGUUCUACUUUUGUAUUGAGCCGUGAACAAGUUGAGAGACUCAAGAAAUGGGUCUCUCUUAAAUAUUGUGCCAACAACGAUUCCGGGGCAUCACCUCACAUAUCAACCUUUGUGGUGACGUGCUCCUUGGUUUGGGUUUGCAUGAUUAGGUCAGAGGAGAGCAAAGGCAAUUCUGAUGAUGAACUGUGCUAUGUGGUGUUUCUAGCGGAUUGUCGUGAUAGUCCUGAAUUUUCAUUGCCUUCAACGUACUUUGGGAAUUGUCUAGCCUCUUGUAUUGUGGGAAUGAAGAGGAGUGUGGUGGUGGGAGAAAAUGGGAUUAUUGAGGUAGCAAAAACUAUUGAAAGGAGAGUUAGAGAUUUGAAGAGUGAUGUUUUGACAAGGGCUGAGACACUGAUGUCAGAUUAUGGAGAGUUGUGGAAACCGGGUAAAUCUGUGGUUGUGGUUGCAGGCUCACCCAAACUCACCAUGUACCAGACUGAUUUUGGAUGGGGUAAGCCAAAGAAAACUGACGCAGUACAUAUUGAUGCGGGAAAAAUGAUUUCUCUUUCUGAUUGUAGAGACAAAGAUGGUGGGAUUGAGGUUGGAUUGGCACUUGACAAGAGUCAAAUGAAUAAUUUCAACAACAUAUUGGAAGAACAACUUAAUAUUACAGUUUGUGAAUGAAACUGUCAACAAACCGAAGGUAGAGAUGGCGGCUUGAUGAUAGUUCAAUCAUCAUCAAUUCAUUAUCAUUGUCAUUCUCUUUCUUUGGAUCCACCAUAUUCUUAAAGUUUAUUGUUCUAAUUCGCAGAGGUGGAACCGGGGGGAGGGUUUCCGUUGCCAAGGAUGUGCAACUUUCACAUAUUCAACAAUUAAGUUCUUAUCUUUUACUCUUCAUGUUGAACCACAUGUUAAUUCUAUAAAUAAAAAAAUAAAAAUAUAAAAUAUAAAAACAUAAGCAUUAUAUUUUUUCU